UUCCUCUCUCCCCUGCAGAGCGACUUCCCCUCCUCACGCAGGAUGCUCCAGGCCUUGUAUGAUUACUUCUGGUGGGAACGGCUGUGGCUGCCCGUGAACCUGACCUGGGCCGAUCUGCAGGACCGGGAUGGACGCGUCUACGCCAAACCCUCAGACCUCUAUGUCACACUACCCCUGGCCUUGGUCUUCCUCAUCGUCCGAUACUUCUUUGAACUGUACGUGGCUACACCACUGGCCACCCUUCUGAAUAUCAAAGAGAAGACUCGGCUUCGAGCGCCCCCCAAUGCCACCUUGGAGCACUUCUACCAGACCCGAGGCAAGCAGCCCAAGCAGGGGGAGGUAGAGCUUUUGUCUCGGCAGAGCGGGCUCUCGGGCCGCCAGGUAGAACGCUGGUUCCGCCGCCGUCGCAACCAGGACCGGCCCAGUGUCCUUAAGAAGUUCCGGGAAGCCAGCUGGAGAUUCACAUUUUACCUGGUUACCUUUGUCGUCGGCAUGGCUGUCAUUGUGGAUAAGCCCUGGUUCUAUGACCUGAGGAAAGUUUGGGAGGGAUAUCCCAUACAGAGCGUCCUCCCGUCCCAGUACUGGUACUACAUGAUUGAACUUUCCUUCUACUGGUCCUUGCUCUUCAGCAUUGCUUCUGACGUCAAGCGGAAGGACUUCAAGGAACAGGUCAUCCACCACGUGGCCACCAUCAUUCUCAUCAGCUUCUCCUGGAUGGCCAACUACGUCCGGGCUGGGACGCUCAUCAUGGCCCUGCACGACUCUUCCGACUACCUGCUGGAGUCAGCCAAGAUGUUCAACUACGCGGGAUGGAAGCACACAUGCAAUAGCCUCUUCAUCCUCUUCGCCAUUGUUUUCAUCAUCACUCGACUGGUGAUCCUGCCCUUCUGGGUGCUUCACUGUACCCUGAUGUACCCGCUGGAGCUCUACCCUGCUUUCUUUGGCUAUUACUUCUUCAACAUCAUGAUGGGGGUGCUGCAGACCCUGCACAUCUUCUGGGCUUGCCUCAUUUUGCGCAUGGCCCAUAAGUUCGUAACUGGAAAGCUUGUAGAAGAUGAACGAAGUGACCGGGAAGAAACUGAGAGCUCAGAGGGGGAGGAGGCCACAGCUGGGGGAGGGGCAAAGAGCCGGCCCCUGGCCAAUGGCCAUCCCAUCCUCAGUAACAAUCAUCGUAAGAAUGACUGAUCCAUUGUCCUAGCUGCCUCCCGUGUUAACGUAUCAAGCCAAGAAACUAGCCAGCCUUCCCUGUAGGGUCACUUUAAGCUCUGGGGAGGAAGGGAGAGACAAUUCUGUCCUCUGUCCUUCUUUGUCACCCAGUUGCCUUUAAACCAAACUAAGCAGCCGACCCCCAGUUCAGAGGCUGGUUCGAUCCUGCAAGAGGGCGUGGUCUCACUUUCCCCUCCGUGCUGACUGCCCUUCCAUUGCUUCCGAAACUCUUCCUCAGCUGAGGGCUGGGUCACAACUCACAUUCCUUAUUAAGAGUUGACCUGUUUGCCUCUGACUCCCUGACUGAAGCCAGGGUCGUGCCUUACCUUCCCAUUUGUGGGCCCCAUUCUGCCAAAGCUGGACCAAGCCGUCACCUUUCUAAGCUCCCUAACUUGGGCCAGAAACCAAAGCUGAGCUUUUUAACCCUUUCCCUCCUAAGACACAAGUGAAUUGAGUGUAGGAGGGUGUAUAUGACCCUUACCCUACCUCUGCCAAAACAUGGGCACUGUCCUGGGGACAGCUUGGCUGCCCUGAAGCCACAGUCCCAAGACCUUACUGCCUCCUUUCUCUGGCCUCUUCCCUUUCCUUGUCUCUAAACUAGAUGGUUUGGAGUGGGAUGGCAACUAGUUCUAAUUUUUAUUUAUUAAGUAUUUGGAGUUUCGGUUUUAAAGCCAGAAUUACAGCUAGUGCCUGGCAUUUCGGCGAGGGACCAUUUCAGACCAAAAUGUACUGUUAAUGUUUUUUUUUUUUAAUUAAAAUAUAUUAAAGGUUAAAUAAAACAUGGACAAUGUGUCAAGACUGUUAAGAACUUGAAAAAGAGGAACAACUAACUAAACUAAGGUAGUUUUUCUUAUGCUUUCCUUAUAGCUAUAUGGCAAUUUCUUUUUAAAAUUUCACGUAACAAAUUAAAAAGAGAAGGUACAAGUCUAGUGACAGCUGCCCACUGGGAACGGGGAAGAAACAUCCCCACAGUGAGGAACGGAGACAGGAGAGAGGCCAAGUCACAAUCUUUGCUUUUUUUUUGAGGUAGGGUCUCACUUUAGCCCAGGCUGACCCAGAUCUCACACUGUAGUCUUAGGCUGGCCUCGAACUCACAGUUAUCCUCCUACCUCUGCCUCCCAAGUGCUGGGAUUAAAGGCGUGUGCCAUCACGCCCGGCUUAAUUCACAAUAUUUAUCUCUUUAUUAAAAGUCUUUCAAGAAA